GUAUUGAAAAUUCGAAUCGAAAAUAAAACCCAAUACCUUCUCCUGCAAAAAGACUAAGCUUCUCUCUCUUCUUCCCUUUCUCGCAGAGUCGCUGAUAGGGUUUUUGUUGGGUCUGCCAUUGUUGCUUCUUCUUUGAGCUCUUACACCGCUAUGCCUCGGUAUUAUUGUGACUAUUGCGAUACGUAUCUGACCCAUGAUUCUCCAUCUGUGAGGAAGCAGCAUAAUGCAGGCUACAAACAUAAGGCAAACGUGCGAUCAUAUUAUCAGCAGUUCGAGGAGCAACAAACCCAAAGUUUAAUUGACCAGAGGAUCAAAGAGCAUCUUGGUCAAGCCGCAGCAUUCCAGCAGGUUGGUGCAGCUUUUAAUCAACAUUUACUUGGCCAAAGACCUCGUCUUCCUGUACUACCUACUCCUGUAAUGCCAGGAGCUGCCCCAGGGUUAAUGCCUGGAAUUAGGCCUCCAGUUUUGCCAAGACCAAUUCCUGGUGCUCCAGGGUACCUACCAACUCCCACAAUGCCACCCAUGAUGGCCCCGCCUGGAGCUCCCAUCCCUGGCCAAGUGAAUAUUCCUUCCAGGCCACCUCCUCCAGCACCACUUCCAGGGAGUGCACCUCAACCUUCUUCAACCAAUGGUGCACCAUUGGCUGCACCGUCGACAUACCAAGCAAACCCAGCCGCACCAGGAAGUGGAGGGUAUGAUAGUUUCACCUCCAUGGCUCAACCUUCCUCUGAGUCUAACCAUUAGAGCUCCUACUUGUGCUGUUUAUGUAUGAUAACCAAAGCUCUUCUAAUGCAGAUUGUGACCAACAUUUUUUAAAAAUCUGAAGCAAAAUUUGGAGCCUUUGAUAUUAAAUGUAGAAAAGUUUUUCUAAAUGAGCAAAGGAAAUAAUUUUUGUGGUUGAUUCCUUGCUACUUGUUUGGAGGUAGAAUACGUAGUGUGAUUAUAUGGUCAAAUGGGUGAUUCUGAAUCCGUUAAAACACAACGGUUUCGAUUUUAGUUUUCUUUUCAUAAUUUCUAGAUUUUGGGAAUGGAAUGUAUUUGAUGUUUAUUUGCUCCCCUUUAA